AUGCGUGGGCGCGGGGCCUGCCGGGAGUCGCGCGCGCGCGGAGCGAGGGAGACCCCCUCCCUUGCGGACGCGCCCCGGCUGUGGGAAGCGCAGCUGCGGCCCGGAGAGUCUUCGCGCUCACCCUGCUGUGCCCGCCGCUUGGAGGCCUCGCCGUCCGGGGUUCCAGAAGGUUCUCUGCGGUCGCCGCUGCUGACGUUGUGCCCCGGUCUCCUCACCUAUAGGUUCAAGUUCCUGCAGGAGAUGAUGGUCCUCUGGGCCUUUCUCCUUGUCAUCUGGUUGCCUCAGGUCAUGCUGGGAGGAUAUUGGACCUAUAAUCUGAAAUGCUACGAUUGUUGGACCAUCAACAACUUCUUUUGUACAAGCAUGACAUUGUGUCCUAAACACCUCAGGCGCCGUAUGACCAUCUCUGUUCGUUUGAACAGUCGGGAGCUACUUGUUUACAAGAACUGUACGAGCAACUGCACGUUUGUGUAUCCAAGCGAAGUGCCUGAUGAAGCCCCAAGAUCACAAUUUUUUAAAACUAAUAGUUUCUAUUUUGUUCGUUGUUGUGGUAGUAUUAAUUGCAAUGAAGGAGGUCCUAUUUCUCUUGAAAAGGAUAUUGUACAUGAGGAUAUAAUUGAGGAGCAUGUAGUAGCAAUGGCACACAUGGGGGAGUCGUCAUUUUCCCUGAGCAUUGCCUCCAUCCUGGUCAGCCAUACACUGACAUGAGAAGCCCUCUGGGAGGGUCUGAUCUCUUCCCUCAUUCCUCAGAGCGAGUUCACUCUCCUUUCCUCCCUUGUGAGCCAGGGAUACUGACCCACAGGGCCCCAGGUGGACCAGUUACC